CACUCGAUCGCCUCUCUUUCUCUCUCACACACACAGUUUUUGGUUUAGGGUUUUAACAAUGGCGGAUGCAAAGGAAAUCUCUAAGAAGCGGAAGCGAUUAUCCUUUCCUGUAACUCGUUCGUUAAUUGGAAGCUUCAUUAGUAGCAAAUCCCAGAUUCAAAGCGGAAGCCAAUCCCAACACGGUAGAAACCACCAUGAUCAGCAACCCAUUGUCAAGAAACUGAAAAACAGCUUACCAGAUGAAGAUUCAUCGAUGGGGUGCGGUUUAUCCGCCGUUUCCAUCAAAGAUCUCCGUUUAAGACGGGUCUUCUCUCCCUCUUCCACCGAUGGAGUGAUUCCUGACAGUUUCGAUGAUACUGAGAAUCUGGGGAAACCUCAGAUUGCUAGGAUUCACUUGGGUGUAACUCAAGAACCGUUGGAAAAUGGAAGUUUUAAAAAGUUGGAUAUGUCGAAUGAGAAUUUUGUGCAGUCGACACCACCAGAUGCUGAGAUCUUUGGAGCUGAACCAGUGGUUGAAAGAAACGGAGGUGAAUUUUCAGAUCAGUUCUUAGAGAAGAAGCCAUGUGAAAAAGGCUUUCAUCAGCAGAGAGAUGCCAUGAACAAUUCAAUGAAAUCAGUUCUUAAACCUUGUUCUCGUGCGAGGCUUUUCAGAACUCCAGGCUCAUUCAGCUACAGAAGAUUGCUUCCUUACUUGAUGGAUAUCGAAAAAGAUCAUUCUGGUUCCCAAACAAUGGGUCACCCUCAAAAACCCGAGAAGGGUUUCGAAGAUGAACAUCUCUUGGCUUCAAAUGGUCCAAAAUCAUUGCCAGAUAAGACAACUAGCUGCUCCUUGGUGGUUCACGAUACUGAUUCUGGUGAGCCGUUAAUUGCGGCAUCAGUUGAGUCCUUUACCUCAAGGGACGAUGAGGCUUCCUCGAUGCCAGUGGUUAAUGGAGAAAUUGAGAAACUUGAGUUGCAAGAUUCUUUUGAAGGCCAGAAUCUGAAUUGUUUGAAAAAUUGUUCAUCUUCAACUAUAGAGGAUUCUCAUUUCAAUGAGGAAGAUUUAGUUGGUGUGGUUUCUAGUAAAAAAACAUCGACAGACAACAUCGAGGUUGCAAAGAUUAGUGUUGAACAUCCUUGCAAUGCUCAAAGUCUUGAAGUUUUGGACCAGAAUUUGUCUACACUUAAUAAUACGUGUGAAUCUUGUGAUUAUGAAGUUACAGAAAGUUCUGAAGAUGACACAAAGAGGUCUGAGAUUCAAGGGAUGCCGAAAGCCACCAUUUGUAAUUCCUUUGAAUGUCAGCACCUGAAUUCUGUGGAUCCUGCAUUAUCUGAAACGGGAGGAAACGGAAAAUGCAGUUUACAGCAGAGAGUUGACAUUGAUGGUGAAGUUGUGGAAUGCGUUGAAGACUUAAGUGGAGAAUGUAUGUUGAUGACACCGCCUGAUGUCAAUAUGUCCUCCAAGUACGAGACUGAUGGUAGCAGAGGCAACACAGUGGAUAAUGUUUCACAAGGUGUAGGUCAAGUUACUGAGAAGUCGACAAAUGAAACACUUCACAGAAAUAAUGGUCAGGGCCAUGCUAAAAGCCCAGACUCAAGUCCUAAAAACAAGAUGGCUCCAAACGCACACUUGCAUCUGAAGUUAUCUAAAAUUCCGGGUUCAUUCAGUUAUAGUCGGUUGCUUCCGUAUUUGAUCGAUAUAACAAGUCAAAACUCCAGUGCUUCUGGAAAUAAUCAGUCACUGAAAGUUGAGAAGAGUUCCAAAGAAAAGCCACUUUCACUGUUCAUUACUCCUGCCAAAGACACAUCAAUGGUAACUUCCAAUGACAAAAGGUGUCCUGUAGAGCGUCAUAAGGGUGAUGAUAUUAAGCUAGAUGUGGUUGCAGCAUCAGUUACGAGUACUUCUGACCAUAAACCAACAGAGUCUCCUACUAAACAAGUAGCUGAAUCCUCGAUGAUAAUGAAUCUACAAGAACCAGGACCACCUGUAAAACCUUCUGCUUUGGAUACAAGUCAGAAGUUAGAAACUAGGCUUAAAGAUGUGGUUGAGUCGCCAGCCAUGUCAUCAAGCUCUCCAAGAGAAGAAGGUGCUAAAUUGGUGGCUAAUCAGUUACCUCUUGAAAUGGAUGUGAACUGCAUAAAGUCUACCGAGAAAUGCGCAAACCAUGAAAAGCAAAUAGAAGCUAGCUUUGUUGAAGCCUCUAUGCCUCCUAGAAUUCCUUCUGCUAGUCUUCAAAAGGGGAUCCUUAAAAGAAACCCACGUGGAUGCAGAGGUAUUUGUACUUGUCUGAACUGUUCUUCAUUUCGGCUUCAUGCAGAGAGGUCAUUUGAAUUCUCAAGAAAUCAGAUGCAAGAUGCUGAAGAAGUGGCUUUAGAUUUGAUUAAAGAGUUAUCUUACCUGCGGAAUAUGUUGGAAAAAUCUGCUUUCGUUGCCAAAGAUCAGACCAACAUUUGCAUCGAUCAGGUCAAGGAAGCUUGGAAGAAAGCCUCUGAUGCUGAAGAACUUGCCAAAACCCGACUCAGUGAAAUGAACUAUCAUCUAAACAUUCACUGCAGAAUCCCAUGUGAGCAGCGACCAAGCGUGAGAUUUGCCGAUUAUGUUGAAGAACACGUCAUCCAUCCAAUAGCAGACUCAUCGAACAAAUAGUUUCAACAUAAGAGUUGUUCUUUCUUUGUAAUUGUUACUUUAUUAGUUAGCUUUGAUGAUGAUAUCCCCGUUUCAUUUCCAAAAUAGCAUCUGCUUAUAUUGAUAGUGGUCACACAGACAGCAUAUUUGUACACCAUUUUUCCAUGUAAGAGAAACAAAAAAGUAUGUGAAGAAAAAGGUGAUUUUUGAGUCACCAUUCGAUCAA